GGCGCGAGCGCCGCAGCUCACCUGCCGCGGGCUCCACCGUGGACGUGCCACGCGGGUGGCCCGCGCUAUUCCGCAGCACCGGAGGAGCCCCCCUCGGCCUGGGCGUGCCAAGAGGACAGGGGUUAAAAUGAACGAAGACCCGAAAGUCAAUUUAAGCGGGCUGCCUCGGGAUUGUGUGGAUGCUGGUGCUCCGGAGAACAUCUCAGCUGCUGUCCCCUCCCAGGGCCCUGUGGCGGAGCCAGAACCCGAGCUCGUUGUCAACCCCUGGGACAUUGUCUUGUGCAGCUCAGGAACCCUCAUCUGCUGUGAAAAUGCUGUUGUGGUCCUUGUCAUCUUCCACAGCCCCAGCCUGCGAGCACCCAUGUUCCUGCUGAUAGGCAGCCUGGCUCUUGCAGACCUGCUGGCUGGCCUGGGACUCAUCAUCAAUUUUGUUUUUGCAUACCUGCUUCAGUCGGAGGCCACCAAGCUGGUCACCAUCGGACUCAUUGUCGCCUCUUUCUCUGCCUCUGUCUGCAGUUUGCUGGCCAUCACCGUGGACCGCUACCUCUCGCUGUAUUACGCCCUGACGUACCACUCGGAGAGGACCGUCACCUUUACCUAUGUGAUGCUGGUUAUGCUCUGGGGAACCUCCAUCUGCCUGGGGCUGCUGCCUGUCAUGGGCUGGAACUGCCUGAGAGAUGAGUCCACCUGCAGCGUGGUCAGGCCUCUCACUAAGAACAACGCCGCCAUCCUCUCCAUCUCCUUCCUCUUCAUGUUUGCCCUGAUGCUCCAGCUCUACAUCCAGAUCUGUAAGAUCGUGAUGAGGCACGCCCAUCAGAUAGCGCUGCAGCACCACUUCCUGGCCACGUCCCACUAUGUGACUACCCGGAAAGGGGUCUCAACCCUGGCCCUCAUCCUGGGGACCUUUGCUGCCUGCUGGAUGCCUUUCACCCUCUAUUCCUUGAUCGCCGAUUACACCUAUCCCUCCAUCUAUACCUACGCCACCCUCCUGCCCGCCACCUACAAUUCCAUCAUCAACCCUGUCAUAUAUGCUUUCAGAAACCAAGAGAUCCAGAAAGCCCUCUGCCUCGUUGGCUGUGGGUGUAUCCCUUCCACUCUGUCCCAGAGAGCACGGUCUCCCAGCGACGUGUAGCAAGCAGCCGAGACCUGUAGGAUGCCGUCUCUAUCAAGUGCCCCCACGUCGCUGGGGGACAGCCAGUGUUUUCCUCUCCUUAAGUUCUCUGCACUGGAACUCACGAGGAGAAGCAAUGAC